GUACCAUAAUCCAUUAUUUUUGGUCUGUUUUCUUUCGGUUUUCAGGGUUACAUGCAGCCCUAUGCUCCCGGACUCGUGUACUCGAACUUUUUAACCCAAGUACUACUCACGCCCAUUUAUGAUUUUACCAUCUCCCGAACAGCCUCCUUUCUCCCUAUCUCAAUUUCAUCACUGCUCCAUGGAAUUCAAAUUUCGAGCUGUAGACGGCAGAUCGCCUGCGCAGUUACCUUCGUCAUCGACUAUUGGAUUCUUCUCUGCACAAGCAUUUGGAGCAAACUAUCCAAACAUUGAUCCGAGACUAAGCCCCGAGUUAAUGCGAAACAAAACACUCCAGCGCGAGAUCGAGAAGGAGCGUAUCAGAGAAGAGAUAAUCGCAAAGGAAAUCGCUUGGCGUGUUCUCCAAGCCGAGGUCAGGAGAGAGCUGAUGAUGGAGAGAGAAAUGGCAAUGCGAGUAGGAGACGGAGAAGGAGGAGGCUCGACUUUUGGGGAAAGACCGACAAUGCGGCUUGAACCCAGACCUUGGUUCCCUUUCAUGAAUCAAUUUGACAAUCGCCGGCUCGAAGAGCUUUCAGCAUUUCAUGGUCGUGGCGUGUUUGAUUGGUGGCUGCAGUCACCAAGGGUAUCAGAAGCUUUGGUGGCGCCUGUUGUUAAGCCUGCAUUAGAAGAUAAUAAGGAUAAACUAAUAGUACUGGCUAAGCCUGAUCCAAAUCAUUGUGGAGCAAAGCGGAAGGCUGCAACACCACCUGAAGGAGGUGCUGCUGGGCUCCCAUAUGCUGGUUUAAAGAAGAAACUCAAGGAAGAUUGGAGCUGCGCCCUAUGUCAGGUUAGCGCUACAAGUGAAAGAGGUUUGAUUGAACAUCUCCGAGGCAAGAAGCACAAGGCUAAGGAAGCUAGAUUGAGAGCAAAUAAGAUGGCCAAAAACCCAAGAUCUAUGCCAUUGCCAAAGAACUCUACAAAGCCAGCUAAGCUUGCUACCUGUACAGCAAGCUUAAAACUAGAGGCAAAAGUUGAAGUGGAAUCACUUCAAGUUGAGGAAAGUAAUAAUGACGUAGACGAGAAAACAGGGAAUAAACAAGAUCCAGUGAACCAAAAUGACAAGUUACAAUUGCUGAAAAAUGUGCAUGAAAAAAUCUUGAAGAAAAAUGGAGCAGCAAAAUUGCAGAGAAAGGAUAGGAAAGCAGAACUUAGGAAGGCAAAAAAAUUUAAGUUCUGGUGUGAAAUGUGUCAGAUUGGUGCUUACUCUGCGGUGGUGAUGGAGGCUCAUAGAAAAGGGAAGAAACAUCAAGGCAGGCUGGCAGAACUUAAUCAAAACAGCGAAGCUGUGUCAACGAUCACCACAAUGGAUGCUAAAGCUGGUGAGAAGGCAAAAGGUACAGAAAAAGAAAAUGAGAAGAUGACGGAAAGUGUCAAUGAUAAUGAGAAAAUAACAGAAACUGUUGCAGACAAUGAGAAGAUACUGGAAAAUGUGAUUGCAGAUGCAGAAACUGUUUGUAGACCAUGAGAAGAUGACAGAAAGUGUGGUUGCAAUGGAGAUGGAUCAGUUCAAUCUUCAAUUUCAAGUUAACGAUCAAAGUUAAACCGCUUUCAGAAGGUAUCCUUUAAGAGUACAUAGACUUGGAAGUUCAAGGUUAGCUUUUUCAGUUGCCUGUAUUUUAAGUGAAUUAAACCCUUGUGUUUUGAUUGGUGAAUUUCAUGAAAUUCGCCAGCAAACAAUUGACGUUUGGCCCUGGAAAUCGGACGUUUCAUGAUCAAAAUUAUUAUUA